AUGCUUCUUCUUGAUCGAGAGAGCAGCCCGUGGCCCUGCGCCCAGGGAGGGGAGAAGCGUCGGGGCUACCUUCCAGGAGAAGUUUCCACCCGGGCUCAGGCCAAUCAGAGACCACUCGGGGUCAGAGAGACCACUCGGUGCGCGCUUGCCCAGGCUGGGUGGUCCGGGCGCCGAGGGGGCCCCCGCAGCGCCGGCUCAGCCCGGGGGCCCAGGGUCGGCGUUCCGGAAAGGGACAAUGCGGGGCUGGGCGGGCGCGGCGGCACGAGACAGACGAUCCUCCCGAGGUUUGGGCACGCGAACACUAACAGGACGCUAUUUCUCCAUUGCGCUCCCGAUCCGUGCCACGCCGCCCCAAGAGAGACCCCUCUGCUCAGGAGUGGGGACGGAGAGAAGGCCGAACACUGGCCAGGAGUCGGUUCUGCGCGCUCCCAGGGGGCAUGGUUUCGUGGGGCAGGAGGCGUCCAUCCCCCUCCUACGGCCGGGCACAGCGAGGAGCGGAGGGGGGGGGGUGCCCCGGGCCUGCGCGCUGUUAGGAGCGGGGCGCCUCUGCGCGUACGGUCUCUGCGUCCCGGGACGCAGCCUGGGGACCGGCCGGGGGCUCAGAGCUGCCGGCCACCGAGGGGGGCUCCCUGCCACGCACACCGCCCCCGUGCCCCUGCGCCUCGCGCGCCUCUCCAAGGGGGUGAGUGGGCUGAGCCCCGAUGCCCUUCCGAGCGCCCGCCGGCAACUGGCCCCGCUUCCCGCUCUCCUCCGAGCGCCGCCGCGCGGUCCCCGCCCCCGCUCGGGUCCCGGGGCUCCCACACGCCUGCCCGCGGGGUCAUGGCCCCGGCCAUCCCAGGCUGCACCUCCGUUUCCUCGAGGCGGCGGUCCCGGGCGGGGAACCUGCCGAUUUCUUCUGUUCCCUCUCACCACCAAGCUCCUGGACCCUUCUGGCGCGUUCUGAAAGAAGCCACGAACAACUUGUUUAAGAGUAACAUGGAAAGCAUAAGCGAAAAGGCUCUCUGCUCUUCCCUAGCAACCUCUGCUUCAGCAAAGAGGCGAGACUGGAAUGAGAGGGAAUGUUGGAGUCGGUCCUUACUGGCUUGCACAUACUGAAAUGAAAUGGCUCAAAUACUCAAAUACCUAGAACCCUGGAAAAUUUAAAUAGGCACAGAACAAGUGUCCUGGACAUCAUGUCUGCAGCCAGAGGGAGUUGGGAUG